UUUAGCUGAGAAAAAACUAUGGAUAUGUUUGUGAUAUGAGAUGUUUACAAGAUUCUCUUGGUGAACUGGUGAAAAAAGGUAAAUUGAAAUUCGAAAAGAAAAUAUCAGAUCUAUGUGUAGUAUACAGAGGCCGAGGAACCGGGGGGCAUUGGGGGAAAGUGCCAGCCCCCACUUUUUGCGCAAGGAGAAAAUGUGCCUUUUUUUGGAAUAAAAGUGCUUUUUUUCCAGCAAUUAAAGAGGAAUUAUAAAUGCCCCCUUAAGCUAAGAAAAGAAGUCUACAUAUGCCCUCUCUUAUCGAAAAUUAUGCGCGUAGUAAACAAGGAGAGAACUGGUGAACUGGACUUAAAUUUGAUUGCUAAGGACUUUGUUAUCGAAAACGACCAGAGACUUAGAUUUUUUGGCAAUAUUGAAUGAAAUUGCAUUAAGGGCCUGUUCAUAUGAGCUGGGCUGGCCCGGUAAACCGGGCUGACUCGCAGGUGUCCAGAUAUCGCCUCGUAUAUUGUUUUUAUAUGUUCAUGAGAUUUGAUUCACAUGAGAACCGGGAUGGCCCGGUUUGCCGGGCACCCGUCUCAGCGAGGCGAAAUCUUGCCGGGCUCAUAUAACCACGUACAAUUAGCGGCCAGCUCGGCAAACCGGGCUGGAAAUUGUGUCAUAACGGAUGCUUUAUUCUACCUAGAAACCAUCUAAGAAUUCAAAACAAGUAAGAAAUCAACAAUAUAUCAAAACUUCUGAAACAGUUUCCGUCAAUAAAUUAAAACAGAUAUCACGUUCCCGCCAAAAAUCGCGCGGGAGUUUCUAUAGUGCUUGCUCGCCUCAUGUAAAACAAAUAACAACUUGGCCCGGCAAACCGAGCUAGACCGGUUUAACGGGCCAACCCGGCUCAUAUGAACAAGCCCUAUUUAAUAAAAAAUUGAAAAAUUAAAUUUGUGGUUAAUCAGUGUAAUUCAUGUUUAGUUUAGGACACAGAGCUAUCAGGGAAUACAUAUAUAAACAUCCAAGGCUAUAUAUUGCAUGCGUCCAAACCUCUAAACCUUCUAUAAGGACGCAUCUAACAUAUUUAGAAUGUUUGCUGACUCAAGCGCCCUUUCUCUUCAGUGCCCCUCCCAUUUCCAGGUGUUUUCGCGGCCUCUGCAUGCAGGCAAUAUAUAUUACAUGUAUUAAUCAGCCGCGUUUUUAAGGUUACAGAACACCUUUGAGUGUUAAUUUUGCCUCAAUUUUUUUUAUUGGUUUUAAUGAAAGCAUUAGCUUAGUUCUACUAUCUGACCAAGUUUGAACGAAAAAUGUUGAAAACUCGCAGAGUUAUUUAAUAAAAUACAUUUCGCUGCAAGAAAAACAUUGAAAAUGUAAUAUUCAAAUUCAAUUUUCUCCCGAAAAAUUUUACGGUAAUUACUGAUUUUCAAACGAGUUGUGCUCCUGCGGGUUUUAACUAAUUUUCUCAAAUUUUCCCAGGACAUAGCUAAAUACGUCAGUUUCAAAAUUGUGUUCGGCUUUUUCUUAAUUUUGGAUAUUUUAAAAAUAAAGAGCAAUUCACUCAAACGAUUUAAAAAUAUAUUGCAGUCGUCAAAGAAAUCGCCAUAUCAGCGGAAUGACGAAAUAAACAAAAAUUUCCGAACACAAUUUUUCAGAACAACUAUUUUACUGUAUUUAUUAUAUACAUAUAUGACAAAAUUACUGCAAUCUGAUUGGUUAAGAGGAGUGCAAUUAUUUCAUUAAUUGCACUCUCCAGGAUACCCUGGAUUCCAGAGCCUUCGACAGUAAAUAAUAAAUUGAAAUGUCGCGAAGGCUCUGGUUCAACGGGGCGAUUCUUUGAUUAAGCCGCGCCAAUCACAAAACAGAAUCGCCCCGUUGAACCAGAGCCUUCGCGACAUUUUAAUUUAUUAUUUACUGUCGAAGGCUCUGGAAUCCAGGGUAUCUCUAGCCUGCAUGGCAGGCGGUACGUAGGAAAUACCGCCUGCCGCAAAACUGGGGUAUUUCCUUAGCCUGCAUGGCAGGCGGUACGUAGGAAAUACCGCCUGCCGCAAAACUGGGUGUAAAUGAACUACCGCCCCUGAAGCAUCAACGCUAUUUAUAGAUGCAUUAAUUAAGUAAAUAUUCAAAAUUAGCCACUCCCAAGCUGCUCCCAAGUCCCAACUGCCCAACAUAAAAUAAAUUCCUUGAUUCUCAUCACCGCCCGACUGAAUUUUAAAAUCCUCGUGAAAACGUUUUAUUUUUCGUUAUACAAUAUAAAUGUACCGCCCGACAAAAUAAUUCAAGACAGUUAAUUUUUUCAUAUUUUAUAUAGAGUUUUUAUUGCCAUUUUAAACUUCCAAUUUGAAACAAACAGAAUUUUGAGUGAAAUUUCAUUGUAUUUUAAAGAAACUCAGUCAUUCUGUCAUUGUUCGUGGAGAUACGAACUAUUGAUAUAUAAAUUAUAUAAAUAUAAAAUAUAAAAAAUAAAUCUCCCACUGUCUUCGACAUUUCAAAGUGUAGACUGUGUCUAGUGAUGAGAAUCAAGGAAUUUAUUUUAUGUGUUAAUAUAAACCAAGCCCGUUUAGCCGUUUAGCUGCCUUAAAACGGUGGUUUAAUAAGCUCAAAAUACAAAGCAAAGUCUAUACUAUAGAUUCAUCAUCAGUCAACAACCAAACUGAAAGUAUUGAACCUUAUAGAACGAUAGUUUUUAUUUGUUUACAACUAUACAUAUUCAACGGGUAUAUAAGAGUUUAACUGUUAUUUGAUAAUUACUGCAUCAACCGGCCCCUUGUUUAUACUUUGGAGGUUCGUAUAUAUUAAUAUCUAUCAAGUAUCUUUGGUUCAGAACAUGACGAUUCAGUGAAGAAAUAUCUCCUAAUUUCUAUCGAUAGUUUUAGUAAAAUGUCAACAUUAUUGCGAUUUAUGGCCUUUGAAAGUCAAGCGAGAUAGUAUAUUAUCAAAUUAAUACGCAUGUAAUUGUCUGAACGAAAAUAUAGACUAGCCCAUACCUUUCGCCGAUCAUAACUUCGGCCCCUUCGGACGUAUCUUCUUUGUUAAAUAUUCUUGUUCGAAUCUCUAUCAAUAACACUAUUUAGAGUGUUAUUUUUCAGCUUGUAUCUUUUAAUUUGCUUCUUUUAUUAUGUUAUUCCACUUCUGGUCUGACUUGACGUGAACUAAUUUCAAAACGCAGAGUUUCAAAACGUCAAAACAUUUGGUUAAUGAUUAACAUUUAACCGAAUUUAGCCGUUGAUUGACAACUACAUAAAAAUACUAACCAAUCCGUUUUUCCCGUUCACCAGCGGACGGGUAAUUCAAAAACCCCUAGUUUUGCGGCAGACGGUAUUUCCUUUGCUUCCCUAAUUUUCGCUGCCCGUAGAAAUACCGCCUGCCAUGCAGGCUAGGGUAUCUCCAGGAGUGCAAUUUAAUAAUGAUUUUCGUGAUGGCUGGGGGGAGCGGGAAUCAAAACAACAAAAUCCAAUAUGGCGGCGAAAUUUAGAUAAGUAUUUCUAACAAAUGUGGACGAAUUUAACUGAAUUUUGGCACAAAAAUGAGUUUAAGAAACAUUGUAUGGCAAAGAGAGCAUGUGGAAAAUACCUGGAAACAGUCUUAAGAAAUAAUCUUGGCGGGAUGCAGCGAAACGUGACUAUGUAAGUUUGAAAUACAAUUUAUAAAGAUUUUCUUAGUCUAAAAUAUGUUGUUUGAGUUUGAAUCUUGUCUAGUUUAAGUUAUGUGCCUUUAUGAGUUUAUAAUCAUUUCCCAAGUUUGUUUAUACCAAAUUGCUUACAAAAGAAUUAAAAACUCUUGACAAAUGCAGUUGAAAUAUAAAGAAAGCGAUUUUGUCAUGCAUAUAAUAAAUAAAUGAUCACACGGGCAAGUCGUGCAAUUAAUGAUUAACACUACUCGUGAUAUUUGAAAAAUGUGCCAAAUUGCACUCGCCUCGGCGGCUCGUGCAAUUUUGGCACAUUUUUCAAAUAUCACUCGGUGUGUUAAUCAUUAAUUGCACUCCUUCCCGUGUGAUUACCUAUACAAAAAUGAUAUUUUCAUAAAUAUAACUUAAAACCAGCAGGAGCACAACUCAAAAGCGUAACGGUACAGCGAUUUAAGAUUUUCUUGAAUAAUGCUCACAUUAUUUUAUUGUUUGUUAAUUUUACAACUUUACCAUAUUUUGCAUGCACUGGAGAACAUUUGGUGAAAAUUUGAUGAAAAUCGGACUGAUAUUGAGCGCGCAGUAGCGAUUUUCCGCAAAACGCCAAAAGGGGUGUCCUGUAACCUUAAAGUCUUCAGUCCAAUGCUUUCCUGGCUAUUCUUAUAACUCUUAUAAUCCAAACUCUUUAAUCUCAAACGCAUUAGUAAUUUAUGAGUAAAUUAGCUAACCAUAUCCCUUUACAGUAUUUUUCUCGCAUGAUAAUAUUGGAUACCUGGUAAAGCAUAUUUAACAAUUAGUCGCCGAAGGCGAGGUGAUUACAAGCCUAUAUUCACUGAGCCGAAGGCGAAGUGAAUAUAGGCUUGUAAUCACCGAGCCUGAGGCGACUAAUUGUUUUAGUAUAAAUUUCCAGGUGUUUACAAACAAUAAUCCACACAACUUUAUAAAAAUUCACUUCAAAUAAAUUUAUUUUCACUAUAAAUAGUUUGUUUACAAAAUUUAAAUCUCAGGCACGGCUCUGUUUCGCGUUGCGACUAAGCCAGUUUUUCUCCAAAUAAAAGCACGUAAAGUUUACUAUUUUACCUUGAAAUAUUUUUAAACCAUAUUUUGUAGCUUGUUUGGGUUUUUUCGGAAUGCUAUCUUCUUUAAUUUUGGCAAUUUCCUCUUCUGUUACUACGGCAAAACGAGCAGCCAUUUUGAAAAAAAGCUAUAGUCACUGACCAGUGACUAUCACUUCAGAGACAGUGAAUCUUGACCAAUCAGAAUGCAGAAAAAUCAAUAGUCACCUGGAAAUUUAUACUAAUGAUUCUUAGUAACUAAAAGUGUGCAGAGGCCGGAGAAGCGAACAAACAAACUUUAUUUUUACCCAUUGCCAAAUAGUAACGUAAAUUUACUUGUUCUAUUAAUUGUGACAUCAUUUUGGGACAUUAACAUAGAAAACCAAAUGUAGACCUUCUUUACGUGUAUUUUGUCGGACGAAUUGGUUGUUUCAUGUUUUAAUUGAUUAUCAAUGACUAACGUUUAUUAAAAAAAUUUAUAUUGCGAAAGAUUAUGAAAGAACUUUACCAAAGCCUGCAGUACCACGACUGGUUGAAGCUGGAUGGCAAACGAUACAAUUACGGUUUAAUACGUCAAAAUUAGAGGGAUACAGUAAUCUUCAUUAUAUUUUGGAAGUCAAGCCACAUUGGGGCACUCAAGAUAGAAAUCUCUUUGUUGUAUUUCCUUACACCAGGAAAUACCACUAUGUAAGUGGAUUUCGAUUUCUUACCCAUCCUGAAAGAAUAAUGAACCAAAUUAAUUUCGCGAUCGCAGUAUUUUGCAUUCCACCUCUUCAUUCAGUACCUACUUAAAAAUAAUUAGACUAAAUGAAACAAGGUAUUUAAAGAAAUGGUGCGGAAAUUAAAGAGUGGACAUGCACAAGACCAAGCACAUCCUGAAAGAAAUAUUCAAAAAGUAAUUGAAUAGUUUUUGGGAGACAUGGUCCAUUGCAAAAUAAUAAAUGAGGCUUACCAUCUUUAAACAUCGGACCAUCUGAGAUUCCGCGUUUACCUUAACGAUCGACAAACUCCUUUUUCAUGUAUGUAUAAUUUCUGUAAUAAUUCGGAUAUGAUAAUGCAUUCUAUCCAAUAUAGACCAACCUGACAAUAUAUGCCGUUAAAGAUCUUGAACCGAAUACUGGUUAUCAAUUCCGAGUAAUCACUAUAAAACUGAAUAAGUCGUCACCAUAUAGCAACUGGAGUAAUGUUAUUAAUACAAGAAGUAAGUGUAAAACUGACAAUCUUUUAAGCUAUAUACGAUUCAGGGGAAAAAUAAAAAUUAUCAUGUGCCUCUAAGAUAAUUGAAGCACAUGUAUAGGCUAUAUGCAUGAAUGCGCUAUAUAAAUUUUUAAAGCUUCGCGAGAGCGACAACACAUUCCAGGAAGGGCACAGAAAAAUGGCGAGAAGACGAGGAGUAUGGUGCGUCAGUAUGGAUCCUAUCAAAAAGUAUUUAAUCUACUCUAAGGAAUCGAUUUUUUGUUGGGCUUAUAAAAAAACCCACGGAGUAUGCCAAGAAGUGUUCACAUUAAAUUCUAAUUAAACUCUGUCAAAAAAGUAGCAUCUAAGAAUCUUAGUAUUUAAUUUUAACUACACUCCGUAUUUUCUAUCUUCCAGGGCAUGGUAGGAAACGCGCAAUGUGUCAUAUUCAUUUCCCCUGUCACAAUCUAUAGGGAGUCAUACUCAUUCCCGUGUUAUUAGCCUACCGCCUUUACCACUAUGAUUGCAUGGUUAUUUUCAGCAAUGACCUUUUGGAUAAUUCUAAUAUAAUAUAGUAGUGCUAUCCAGUUACAAAUACGUUGUAUCAAUUAAUUUUUAGAAAUUUGCAAGAAACUUUCAUGUGGUGUAACUAAUAUUCGCUUGGAAUUGAGAAGCCGGAAACCUUAUCAGAAGAACGAGGAAUUAAAAUCCAAAUUUCACUGGAAGCCUGCACUACGUAUGUAUUAUAAAUUGGUUUACUACACAUAUUAGUCUUUCGAACAAUGGACUAGGGUUAACAUUAUAGGAUUGCGUUAUGAAGAAAAGGGAUAAUUAUAGGUAAUAAGGUGGUUUCGAGUUCAAUUUGGAUAAAAAAACAUGCAGGAGUGACUUUUUGAAAAAGCAUCAAAAUAGCAUGAGUCUUUGGAAAACUCAAGAGUGUUUGUUUUAUCCAGAGUUGACAAGAAGCUAUCCUAUUACGUAUUAAGAGUUUGUAAAAAACAAACUCGCGUAUUGGUUGCUCAAAACCAAUCAGAUCGCACUGACUGAUUGCCAAAUGCGCAUUGUGCAUGCCUAAUAACAAGAUGGCUGUGUGUUUCUUUAGAAGUCUGUGCGGUUAUAGUAAUUUUUUAGCGCGCAAAUACCCCCAAAAUGUUUUUUGGAAAAAAGCUAAGUAAUUCAUAUUAAGCAAACAGUAGGCUCUUUGUUGGCCUGAACAAAUGUAAAUCAGAGGCUCACAAGCGUGGCAAUAGAGUGACAUUUUGAAUUUUCAAAAAGUUCGAACCUUUGCAGCCUGUGAAAAGGCUAGAACAGUUGCCAAUGUCGACUAAAUCUACCCAUAUUGGGCAUUUCGUGAGGAAAUGUAGACGGCCAUUGGUUCUUUCUUGGAACGAAAUCGUAUCGUUUGCCAUUUUUGUUGUCUUGCACUAUAAACCUGCUAAAAGUCAAAACCUUACAGCAAUCUUCGAUAUAUUACCCCAAUGAUGAAUUUAACUAUCAGUAAUAAUGUAAUUAUAUCAAUUCUGUUUCGCAGUCUCCGAGAGAGACAAGACGCAGCUGAAAUAUAUUACUGAAGAACUUUCUAGUCUGAUGAGGAAUGGUAACUGCAAUCCAGGAAAAUACUCGACGGAUAAUAGGCAUUCAG